GGUGCAUGCCCACGCCACGCGCCCAUCGUGCACGCUGCACAAAUCCCGCAGCAAUCGCAAUCUGGCAGACUCGCUCGCUCGCCCACGCGAGCACGCACGCACGGACCGAUCACGUCACGCCCCAACCAUCGCUCGAGCACGAUGUCUUUUAAAGGCAGUAACGGCGUGGCCGCGGAGAGACGCGUCGAUCUGGCGUCCCUCUUCUGCAUGAUCGGGCGACACGGUCCAGCCGUGGCUCUGGCCGUGUUCGCCAUGGUGUCCGUGCUGGCGGGUUUCGUCAUCUACCGAACCGUCAGGGGGAGACGAAGGGGGAGGAAGAAGGCCACCCCAGGUGAGGGAGAGAGCACCCCCGGGGAGACCGACGAGGCGGUGACGCAAGCCGGGGGUGAACCGCAAGCGUGUGCGACUUCCACAGAUGAUGGUGAUGUGGCAAAAGAGGAAGAUGAUCCCACUGGCACUCACCUCCAAGUCAGACGCCGUGCUGCUGCCGUUGUGAAGAGCCUGUCACCAUCUGACGUCCAAGCACCGCUCAAGCAACAUGCCCCAUCGUCACAGCGAGUGGAACCUGUGCCGACAUCUUUCACGGAAGCCCGGCUGUAUUUGGAGGAGCCCAGUCAAAGUUCUGUGGCAGAAAUACAGGCGGAACCUGCCACUGUUUGCCAUUUAUAUGCAACAGAAGACUCAUUAAAGGAUGAAGAGAUUUCAGAAGUUAGCUUGAAGGAGCUUGAGUCUGGUCAGGCUCACAUCGAGCAUGAAGAAGGAUACUAUGCAGAAUGUCAAGAAGGUGAAGACGUGAGCACGAAUGAUACCACACAAGCGGAGGAAAACGAUCAGCCUUCCGCCGAGCAAGACAACGAAAUCGUGGCGGAGACUGGGACAGUGGAGCUCGGCGACGACGAGGUGAUUCACCACCAAGACGGUGCAGAUCCCAAUGAAAAUGAUCACCUCGCUGAGGAAGAAGAAAAACACAAUGAGGAGCUGGAGAAAGAAUUUGACGGCAACAUUACUUUGACCGAUGAAGCAACUGUUGCUUUUGAUGCUCAGUCACUGCAAGUGGAACAUCCAGAAAUCCAAGCUGAGCCUAAAGAGGAACAUAACCUGACAAGAAACCAAGAGAUGGACCUCAUAACCGAUGGCGGGCUUGGAGAAAGUUCCGAUAUUGUUAGCAACAGUUCAAGUGUGCCACCUAUACUUGGCGACGACACCUCUGAUCCAACAACCCCAAUUGACUCCGACAUGUCAACUAAUGAUCAAGAAGCAGAGAAAGUAGAUGUUCCAACUCUUGAAGAUGAAACGGAAAAUCUUUCUGCCACGACUGCAGAGGCCGAGGAACCUGUUGAGCCGUUACGCGAACCCUGGUCAUCUCCCGAAGCUCAAGAAAGUUUUCCAGAACUUGACAUCGAGGUAAUCCCAGAUGGUAACAAUGAAGACCCGAAUGGUGAUGACACCAAAAAAUCCACAAAGUCAAAGUUUGAAUCGGUGGGUGGCAAAGAUGAGCUCUCCCAUGAGGACAUUGAGUCUUCCUCUCAAGACCAACAAAAUGAUCAAAACCUUGAUGAAGAUUCCUUUGUCUUCGCGGCUCCUCCUCCUAUCGUGACCAAAGAUCCAACAAAUCCACCUGAGCUUCGAGUUUGCCUGCCACUCUUUGAGCCGAGCGAGCUGAGGGAUGACAACGUAAGUGGCGGGGGUGAAGAAAGUGGGAUCUCCAGCAUGGCCGUCAGUCCCGAACUGCCCGAUCCCUCAAGUAACUUUGACAUCAUCGAGAUGCCGGCGACAGAUCACGAAUCUCCAACUGAGGCGAGUCUGGAGCUUCAAGCUUGCCUUUUGCUUAACGACACAACUCCAUCAAUCUUGGAGGAAGAGGCAGAAGUUUACGAGCCUCACCCGCCUCCACUGCCUGAGCAGCUAGAUCCCUCGAGUAACUUUGACACCGUCGAGAUGCCGGCGACAGAUCACGAAUCUCCAACUGAGGCGAGUCUGGAACCUCAAGCUUGCCAUUUACUUGACGACACAACUCCAUCAGUCUUGGAGGAAGAGGCAGAAGUUUACGAGCCUCACCCGCCUCCACUGCCUGAGCAGAUAUGCAGUUGGAACGUUAAGUCAUCAGCAAAAAACAAAGACACGAUUGGCCACGUCAAUGACAACCAGAGAGAAACGGUCCCGGUCCAAAAUGAUGAAUGGGAAAGACAGGUAGAUGUGAAAGUUGUUGAAGUUUCUUGUGAGAAUGAGAAAUUGGAAAGUGCAGAAAACAAAGAGCCACAGAUGGAAAACGACGUGAAGACCGAAAUAAAUAUCAUGGAGGCAACUAUGGACCAUAACGAGUGGAUCACAGAUGGCAACCCAACGUUUCCCUGGAUGAAUCUCUCCACCCCAACUUUUGGAGGUGAGAGCCAGCAGCUUCCCACUCAAGAAACCAACUACCCAGAUUCCGAGCCUCAAUCUGUUCCUCCAGUCAAACAAACCGAUAAUUCCGAAGAAAACAGAAAAAGCCAAAAAGCAAACGUCACCUUCCGCGUCCACUACAUCACCCGUUCACCGUUCCAGAUGUUGGCCGUAACCGGGAACCGGCGGGAGCUCGGCAACUGGAAGAGCUUCGUCCCUCUGGAGGACACCAAGGAUGGAUACUGGUCGGCCGUGGUGAGCCUUCCCGCUCAGAAUCACGUGCAGUGGAAGUUUGUGGUUGUGGAAAAGGGGGAGAUGCGUCGCUGGGAGGAAUGUCGCAAUCGGCUGCUUGAUACGGGAUGUGGAGAAGACCUGCUCGUACACAAAUUGUGGGGAUACCUGUGAGAAAUGAAAUCACCGGGCCUACUAUGUUCUAUUGAAACGGUAACUAUGUGACUGUCUACAAAUAAAAUGGAUUUAGAAAUAUUAAUACGGGCCAUUUUAAAACCGGGACAGGUUACGCAAUUUUGGGAGCAUAUCGGAUAAUCAACUAAUUAUCUGUCAGGUUAACUAACGAUCGGGUUAUCGAAGAGUCUUCCUUUACCGUACGUCAUCAUAAUAGUGUCCACAGAAUAGCAGCUUUGCUAAACGUUAGCCGUUGUACUCUUGCUCAAAUGCAAUCUAUUUACGCAAUUUUUUUUCUUCUUAAAUUCGGCGAGUUGCAGUGCAAGUGCGAUGAAAUAAUUUGGAGACUGCAAAACUGUUUCUGCUGCCGGACCCACCCCGAUGUGAAAACAAGACUUUUAUACUACCGCAAUAAUCAAAGCAAUAAUUAGUGUGAAUUAAAGGCCAGAAAUUGUAAACGAGUAAAGUGUGAUGCUGCUUUUUUGACCAAACGCAUGCCUCGUCGUUGCUCGGAUCUAUACUAGUGCCUUGAUGAACAUUGAGAAAGUUUGAUAUGUGAUUUUUAAAUCUGUCUGGUCUCUUGUAAUAUUAUGCAAUCUUGUGAUGUUGUACCUUAUGUAAUUUCAUAGAUGUGAUGCGUUUAUUAAAGGCCAGUUAUUUGAAA